GAGAUUGACGUAGUUCCUGAGUCUGUGCGCGCAGGGUGUACGCGCCGCGUCUGCCUCCACACCUGCACUCCUCUCCACACGAUCUGGGGUGUCCUUCAAGAUGUUUGUCCCAAGAGCAGUCAGGCUCAAGGGCGUGAAGGAGCCUCAAAGACCGAAGGUGGCAAAGUCGCCAGUGACACCGUCACUUAGCAAGAAUGAAGCUAACAGCAAAGAUGCGCUCGUCCAAGCAAUGGGCGAGACAGGCAUGAACUCACCUGCUCCACAACAGAAUAUAGCUUCAGAUGUACCAGCUCCGACCCGCGGCCCUCGAUUUACUACCAAGCCUGUCACCGCUGACUAUGUUGCUCAACUGGCUGCUGGCAUUGAGUUGAUCUUCACAGACUAUGCACAUCAAGAGGAACAGCGCUCACGAUGGUUGAGGGAUCGGUAUAGAGUAGUCGACGGCGAGAAGGACUAUAUCCAUCUCACAGCGAUCUUAGAGCACCCCAACAUCUCGAAGCUGAAGCCAGAAGCUACCCAGAUCCUCCUCAAGCGAGCGCUACACGACCAUCCCUCUGCAACGCUCGAGUUAUCACAAAACGAAUACUACGUCCGUCGCCAGCCCUCCACCAACCCUCUCUCCUUCGUCCCAGCCAAGUCCUUUGAGAUCGUAGAUGACGAUGGUCUCAGCUUCUGGGAUCAAAGAACGAUCUACGUGGAACCGCACCUACGAAAUAUCUGUCCAACGCCGGCACGAGUAGCGCAAUGGUUAAAAGAGCACGGCGAGCUGAGGCCAAAGUGGCUCCCCGUCCAAGCAGUGCAUACGCUCUGGAAUAGCUGCGCUUUCGUUGUUCUGAGCGGGAACGUAAUGCAUGAAGGCACGUGGAACAAGUGGAGAGAAACUGGAAAGCCAGACGACUGGAAGGUUAUGACUAAGGUCGAACAUACAAGACGCACUGCCGAGUAUCUUGCCUUGCUGAAGAAAGAGAACCCUGGAGGUAUGCGCAAGGUCAUCGAAGACACAAGCCAGCUGCCGCCAGUCGCACGACCUGCAGCAUUACCUAUGGCAUUUAAGCCACUGCCCGAGGACGGACCUAUCAAGGCGGACAGCAAGAAGAAGCGCAAAAGGCGCAAGCCCGCAAAGUCUGGUGAUGCUGAAAGAGUGAAAGAGCAGGCUGAAUACGUGGCGAGCCAUGGAACAGCACCCACGUCAGACGUAGACAUGGUGGAUAUGCUACAGGACAUUCAGUCAGAUGUCGCUGCACCAGCCACAAGUAAGAAAAAGCGCAAGAGGCGGAAGAGCGCCAAAUCAAAUGACAAUGUCGACAAUAUUACGGAUGAUGCAGUAAAUUCACAAGAUGACGAGGAGCCGGAUAAGAGGCUGCGUCGCUGAUUUGGCUUCCUAUGGCCUCGCAGCUACAAACAGAGUUACAUAUUGGAGUAGGAGCAUGAGAACCAUAACACGGUUCCUUACUUCCGCCGAGCCUCAACGAGGCGUGCGCUAACCCCAACUUUACCCCGCUUACUCGACAGCACCGACUUGUUCAGAGUUACCGAAGAUCGCCGGUAGAGCUUCCGCACAUGGGUAAUGCGU